AUGACGCAGCCCAUUCUCGGCCAGUCGCCGUGGGCGGCGCUCGCGGCAUCCUCUGGCGCGCCGACCCCUUCACUCGAGUUUCCUCCCACUGGACCUCACGGAUCUCCUCAGCUCGGCCAUCCAUUUGAAAGGCUCAACCUGGGCGGCAGCUGGAGUGGAAACAACUUGGCGCAUUCAAACGACGAGCCAUCAAACUUGCCACCGUCGUCUCCGUUCAACUUGGGCUCCAGUAGUCGUCCCGGCGGCUCGUCGUCGUCCAUCCCCGCUGGACCCAUUAGCGGACGCUCGUUGGGCCCCCCAAGCCCAAGUGGGUCGGCCAACCUGGCACAGAGACGCUCCUCCAUGCCUGCGGGCCCACUGGGGUCGCUGCCAUUGCUGCAGUCUAGAAUCAAACCGCUCGCCGCCCCAGAGCUCACCAACGUCGUCUCGUCUAGCACCACCCUCGUUCUGGAUCUGCGCGCCCCAUCGUCGUACGAAGAGUCACACCUCCCCAACGCGCACUCUGUGUCCAUCCCUUCUACCCUUCUCCGCCGUCCUGCCUUUGGUAUCGGCAAACUCGUUUCAAUGCUCGCCUCUGCGCAGUCACAGGCGGCCGUCUCGGCCUGGCGCGACACUGCCGAUAUUGUCCUCAUUGACCAAGACUCGUCAGUAGUCACAGAGGGAAGCGUCUUGCAAGGCGUUGCAAGCAAGUUUGAACGCGAGGGCUACAAUGGAAACCUAUGGUUCGUGCCCGGUGGCCACAGCGCUGUCAUUUCUACCAAGGAGUGCGAGGUGGUUGCCGGCAGCGUCGACUCUGCCAGCGAAAGCACCGUGACCACGGCUCCCAGCACCCCGCGACUGUCUGUGGGUGGUCUCGGCAGGCUAUCUCGACUGGCUUUCCAGCAGGCCUCCACCACAAGCGCCCCGCGAACCAUGUUGCCGCAGACAGCAGGGCUCGCCACCAGACCUGACCCGUUCACGAGCCUCAGCCUUCCUGCGUCUGCUGGUGGUCCCCGCAAGGCGCACAGCAGCGACUCUUCGCGGAGUCGCCUGCAGCCAGCCAACCCGUUCUUCGAUAACAUUCGACAGAACAUUGAGCUUUCCCAUGGCGGCAUCACCGAGCGCAUCCCCCUGGCCAUGCCCGAAGACGUCGUCCGCCGCGCCGACGAGCUGCCUCCCUUCCUGCAUGACCUUGUCAAGAUGUCUGACAGCGACAGCGGUGAGGUCUUGGCCAAGCAGUUUUACCGUAUCGAACGGAACGAGCAGACACGACUGCAGACUGUCAUGGACACUUUAUCGCAGGGCAGCUGUCUUCCUGCAAGCGAGGGUCUCCAGACAGAGUUGCCCCGCUCAGCGGUGGACGUUGUCAAACUCAUGGAACAGCCCUCUGCCGACAACGGGUACUAUCCAUUCUCCAUCACCGCAGGCAUCGAGCAAGGCACAAAAAACCGCUACAAGAACAUUUGGCCGUUUGACUACACUCGUGUUCGCCUGGCGUCACCACCCGACAAGUCUGACUAUAUCAACGCGUCAUUCGUCCAGCCCCGCGGCACUAGCAGGCGUUACAUUGCAACCCAAGGGCCCAUGGACUCUACGUUUUCCGACUUUUGGACCCUGGUGUGGGAGCAAGACGUUCACGUCAUUGUGAUGCUCACCAAACAAUUCGAAGGUGGCAGCGACAAAUGUGGCAAAUACUGGAAUGCGGUCGAGUAUGGCGACCUGCGGCUGCAACUUGUCUCCCAGACGGGUGACGAGGAUAAGCCCGAUGUGCCGACGACGGGCUUUGACUUUGGUGCGGCCGUUCCCGAGGCCAAGAGUGUGGGCGAGGACGACAACAACAUCAAGCGAGUCUUCAACCUUUGGCACAAGAGUGCGCCCGAAAAGCAACGUAAAGUCACGCACAUUCAGUGCGUCAGUUGGCCCGACUUUGACGUACCCGAAACGCCCGAGGUGCUCUUGAACCUGAUGCGUGACGUUGACGCGGCCGUCGAACAUUCGGCCGGGUGCGGUGAGGAUCACACAAAGGCCCCACCGGUCCUUGUGCACUGUUCCGCAGGCAUUGGCCGCACUGGCAGCUACAUUCUGGUGGAUGCCAUCACCGACGCCCUCCGCCACGAACACCGCAAGUCGUCAAAGCUCAACUCGGUCGAGUCUGCGCAGUCGUCGGCGGGCUCUGGCCUCGCUGCUAAACCGCCAAAGCCGGAUGGCAUGGACCUGGACUCGCCCCCGACCCAUGCCGCGCCUCUCCCCGGCUCCAAGGCAGCCGAGGUGCUCGCUGUGCAAAAGGCCAACUCGGUACCGACCCCGGACUCUAACGUUGUCAACAAGGAGCCGAUGGAGCUCGACUCGCCAGUCAAGGGUGGUCCCGCUCCUCCUCCAGAACCCGAGAUUCUUUCAAAGGACAGCAACGUCCUUGUCAAGGAACCCAUGGAGCUCGACUCGCCAGCAAAGAAGGAUGGCCUCUUGCCUGGUCCCCCAGAACCCGAGAUCCUUUCCAAAGACAGCAAUGUUCUUGUCAAGGAGCCCAUGGAGCUGGACUCGCCGGUUAAGAAGGAUGCCGCUUCGUUACCUGCGCCAGGCGAGCCUCAGAUCCUGUCCAAGGACAGCAACGUACUGGUCAGGGAGCCCGACCACCUCUCCUCGGACCAGCUGUCCAUCAAGUCCUCCCGCGGCCCAAGCCUGCCAUCACUGGCCGAGCAAAACGAGGAAAAGACCACCCCGAGCGACUCUAACAGCAUGAGCCCCCAAUCGCAGCUCCCGCUGAGCCUGCCCGUACCGACAUCCAACCCCGGUGCGCCGGCCGAGAACCCGCACGCACCGACACCUAGCCACCGCCCGCAUCGCCAUCCUACGCCGCUCAGCGAGAUGAAGGACCCGAUCAUGGACGUUCUCGUCGGCAUGCGCAUCCAGCGCAUGAGCCUUGUUCAGAGCCUGCGACAGUAUCUCUUCGUCCACCGCGCCAUCAUCACCCACUACCUCCGCAUGAUCGACCACGAGAACACGAGCUCGACAGUCGAGACGGUCGCGACGGCGUCGACGGUCGAGACAGUUGCUACCAAUUCAACAGUCGAGACCGUGGCCACGACAGUGUCGACUUUGGACUCGUCGUUUGAGGCAAGCUCGCUGCGCUCGCGCGGCUCCAACUCGAUGCUCACGCGGGAGAGCGCCGCGCCCACCUCUGGAGUAGGCACGGACGACGAGGGCCACUACAAGCGCAAAAAGUCGUCUAUGGACUUGCAGCGUGAGAGCGACGGGCGGCUCCAGUUGGGGCCUGGCGAAGGGUUGCGCCUUGCCGACGAAGGCGCCAACCUCCUCAAGCGGCUCAGCUUUAAGAAGCGCCGUGGGGAGAGCUCGACAGAUAUGGCGCGUACGGCGUCCGAGGAAGGACGGGCGGCAAAGGGUCCGCGAGGUGGCCAUUAG